AUGGGACGACUUCAACACGUCGAGGGAGCCGUGUACCGUAAAAUCCUGGAUGAGAACCUUCCCUCAUCCAGAAUCAUAAAGGUUGGAAGAUGGGUUUUCCAGCAAGACAACAUCACCAAGGCAACAAAGGGGCAGCUAAAGAAGUCAUACAGUGGCCUAGCCAAAAGUAAUAGUCUGACCCUCGGGGCACGUCUACAUUCAUAUUUGCUGCUACCGUCCCCUUAUUGCUGGAGGAAAGUGCAGUCCCUGGCCGCCACCUGGAACCAAACCCUGAGUAACGCCACGAGCCAGUGGAGCGGCUCGGGAAUCUACUGUGAAACCUCCAUCGAUGGGAUCGGCACCUGCUGGCCAAGGAGCAGCGCGGGGCAGCUGGUGGCGCGACCCUGUCCUGAGAUGUUUUACGGCGUCCGGUACAACACCACCAAUAAUGUUUAUAGGCGAUGUCUUGCAAAUGGGACAUGGGCGUUGAAGGGGAACUACUCCAUGUGUAAGGCCAUCCUUCACGAGGAGAAAAAAAGCAAGAUGCACUACCAAAUAGCCGUGAUCAUAAACUUCCUGGGUCACUGCAUCUCCAUGGUGGCGCUGCUCAUAGCCUUCUUCCUCUUCUUGUGUUUGAGAUGCAAAGCUACAAAUUUGUGUCUGCGGUCGUCGUAUGAUUCUGGACCUUCUAUAUGGUGUCGCCUUGUGACCGCCUCCUUCAACUAUUUCCACUCCACCAACUUCUUUUGGAUGUUUGGAGAGGGCUGCUACCUCCACACCGCCAUCGUCCUCACCUACUCCACCGACAAGCUCCGCAAGUGGAUGUUCAUCUGCAUCGGCUGGUGUAUACCGUUCCCGAUAAUCGUGGCGUGGGCCAUCGGGAAGCUCUACUACGACAACGAGAAGUGCUGGUUUGGGAAGCGCGCUGGCGUGUACACCGACUACAUCUAUCAAGGUCCCAUGAUUCUGGUUUUAGUGGUAAGAGUCUCUUUUUUUGCCCUUCAGUACUUCUGCAAGAAGCUUUGCAACCCACGUUCUACCAGGUCCCUCCUCUUCAGUCUCAUCGAUGUCAUUGUUGCCUGCUCUGUACCACCGCUGUCCCUGCCUUGGGCCUUCCACACAUCUGAGCCUGUCCGUCAUGGUUGUCUGAUCUGGGGUUUCUUCGCCUGCAGGAAAGCCGUGAAGGCCACGCUCGUGCUCCUCCCCCUCCUGGGAAUCACCUAUAUGCUGUUUUUUGUCAACCCAGGGGAAGAUGAGAUCUCUCAAAUCGUCUUCAUCUACUUCAACUCCUUCUUGGAAUCCUUCCAGGGCUUCUUUGUGUCAGUAUUUUACUGCUUCCUAAACAGCGAGGUGCGCUCAGCCGUGAGGAAGCGCUUCCACCGAUGGCAGGAGCAGCACUCGAUCCGAGCCAGGAUGACCCAGGCCAUGUCCAUCCCCACUUCACCUUCACGGGUCAGCUUUCACAGCAUCAAGCAGUCGACGUCGCUAUGAAAGAGGAAGCCAGCUUUGUCCUACAUGCUCGCGCUUUGGGAGAAACCUCCAGCUGUCAUUGUCAUCCUUUUCUGCCACAUCACUGGAGUAACACUAAAACACUUUCUGCGGCUAGAGAUCUAGAGAGAGGCUGCAUCAGUCUCCUAAACCUCAGGAGGGACAUUACACAGACUUUCAGGAGAAAAUGGAUGGGUACAGGCGGGAGAGGACGUUGCGAUGUUUGUGAAAAUGGGAGGUUAGUGGAUCAAAAAGAUGCACGUGACCAAGCUGAUGAGUGUGUACUGGAGUUUGAAUGUACAGCACUUGUUUAAUUGUCUGUCGUUUCCCCGCUGGCACUUUGUUUUUGCUAACAUCGCCAUCACGAUUGAGGAUUUACGCUCCUGGACUGCACCGAGCUGGAUUCCAUCUCAGCGGAGUCGUGUGCUAGCAGGGGCGUCGUUACUUAUCCUGAGAUUUUAUUUUAAGUUUUUAUUUUUCUCUCAAGCAGCUGUCUGGUUCUGGUGUUUGUUUAUUUGAUGUUGUGCUUUCUUCCUCUGUUCUCAGCUCGCUGCGCUCGUGCUGCUUUCAUCGACUUUCCAGGAAGGUUAAACACAUUCCAUAAUUCCCACCUGAAGAGUUUUGUUCCAGAAAAAACAGACACAUUUACAGCUUUUACAGCUUUCAGUAACCUCCAAGUGACCCUCUGGGGACAUUCAUGAGCCUACGUGUAUAUUUCUGUGACAACUUUAAUUGUUUUCUGUAAGAAGUGGCCCAUUGGGAUGGCAGUGUUUGUCUUCUAUUUACAUUUUCCACCUUUAAUCGCUGCAUUGUGACAGUAACAGACUGAGAACAGCGUGAUUUAGUGCUGCAGAAGCCCAAUAAUGCAAUGAAAACAGCUCAGCUGAUGGAGAAAAUUCAGGUUAACUCCCAUAAUUUCUUACCUCUUAACACUUUAGAAUAUUGGUCAUAGAGAAAGGAAACAUAGUAUGAUAUUAUAAAGAUAUAAUCUAGCCUUUAAAACCAUUUAUUCCAGUAUAAAAUGAGGUUUAAGGUUACUGUUAGUUAGUUUCACAUCAUUCGUCUCCUUUCUGAGCUCAGGUGACUUCUUAGUCGAGCACAAAGAGUGAAAGUGGAGGAAAUAGCCUUUUACUGCAGAAUAAUUACAUGGCUUAACUCUCGCUUAAAGCACAAGCUUUCAUGUGUAUGUUUCUAUUUAUGUACAGAUUAAACAGGCGGGAUAAUUAGGGCGGUGUAGGGUGGCUGUGGUUGAGAUGAUGGAGGUAUGUCCACUAAUUGAAUUUAAAAUCCUCCUCCUCACAUACAAAGUCCUGGAUGAUCAGGCCCCAUCAUAUCUUAAAGUCCUCUGAGCACCGCAUUAUCCCAAUAGAGCACUUCACACUUGAGGCGACUGUUUCUGUGAAAUAUAUAUGUAGGAUUUAAUCUAACUGAAUUAAUUGCAGGGUUAGCCGUCCAGUCUUCAGCUCCCCCUAUAAUAAAACCCUGGAGUGAAAUGGCAUGUGAUAAAAAUCUGCUGGAUAAGCGAAUUCCAUUCAGCUUCAUAAGUGCAUAUUUCUAUAUAUAGCUAACCUUUGCCCCUUUGACUACAGCUGCUGUGCCAAGUAAGGCUAAUCUCUUCCUGGCUUUAGCUCACAUUGGGGCAAAAUAUGGUCAGAACGUCCCUACAGAUCAUUUCAAUCUGGCCCCAAACAGAGGAACUGAAUAAGAAUCAUCCCUCAAACCUCUCAUGGUGAUUGUCUGCUACGACUGUGUGGUUAUCAAAUGCUGACACAACAUUUCGUUGGAAUUUUCUUUUAUUGUAACCUGUAACAAUGGUUUCUGUUCAGCUACAGAGACGUGUAGCCUUUCUUCUAAUUUAUCUUACUGAUCAUUUAUGGUGCCCGUCUCUGCGCCUGCAGAUCCGCCUCAGUAAUAAUUGGUAGAGGGUUUUUUUUUUUUGUGCCGAUUUGACCUACUUUGGCCUGAGAGGUUGGCUGCAUUCAGACCAUCUCUGAAUCACGUGUGAUGACCUGAAUUUGGCUAAGAUGUAGAUUCAGCUUCAGACUCAUUGGGACUCUUGGGUGUCUCUUUGGCUGUGAUUUUACUCCUGGCACACUGGUUCUGGACCAUUUUGAAGCCAGACCAGUUUGGAUACAUGUGUACUCAGAAAGUGCACACAUGGCAUAUUUUGUUUUCUAUACACACACACAGUAAUCAUGCAUGUUUCUCACAUAUUCUCAUCAUCUUAUCCAAACUAAACCUUUGUGGGCAGAAAAACAGUAUUAACAAUAGAAAGUUAAUGUGGCAAAUACAUUAAAUUCUAGAUAUAAGAAAGACUUUUUUUUUUUUUUUAAUUAACCCACUUUCAAAGGAUUAAAUGUUUAAUUAUCUAAUUUAGAAAUAAUUAGUAUAAUACCUGUGAAACUAUUUAUACACUUACCUCUAGAAAAACAUAAGUCUAAGCAUAAGAGAAGCAGCUACUAAAUGAACUCUGUUUGUUUACAGCUGAAAGAAACAAAAGAAUCAGAAUAUUUAAAACCCAAAACUAUGACCUGAAAGUUGCUCAAAAAGAGUUUUUUAGAGCUGUAACCACAGGACCAGUGUGAGUGACAGCAUGUUUCACAUUACUUGGACACACAAUACAUUUAAUUUUGUGGCAUUUUAAAUCAAAUUAAGCGUCGUGUUAGUUCAGGUCACGAAGUGAUUAAAGUCUCUGCGGCAUCCCGCGUGGUUUUCUUUUACUUAUCCUGUCGGUUAAACUUGUCAGAGCCCACAGUUUCACUCCUUCAGCAUGUAGUUGCUGUGAAUCUGCAAGCCACUUUGCAACCAGUCAAUUUUUCAGAUGGAAAGAUUCUGCGUUAGUGGUCCUUUUAGUGCAGAGACUUUCACAAAGUAUAAAAACUGCAGUGAGAAUGAGUGGACCGCGUGUUCAGCAGUUCCUUUAAUGCUUGUAAGUUAGUUAGUUGUUAUAUUUUUUCCUUGUCAGGGACCAGGCACAAAAGGAUUGAACUCAUAUGAGAAACGAUGCCUUAUACUGGAUUUAGCUACAAGCACUUUAAAUACAUACAAUAUUAAACAAGCCUAUACUACAAAUGCAGAUAAUAACAAGAUAAUCAAAUGUACAAGCUUCUUCUUCUUUUGUGGAUCAUCUGCUUCCAUUUCACUCUUUCUGUAGCGUCCACCUCUGUCACAUGACCCCCCUCACAACACCCAUGAAUCUUCACUGCAGUCUGUGCUGUUCGUCCUGCCUGGCAGCUGCCCUGUCCGGACUGUUUCGGCGUCGCCUCACUAAGUUCCCAUCCAAACACCUCAAUCUGAUGUACUUGUUUCUAAUCCUUUUCAUGCUGGAUUCUUCUAAUGAUAAGUACAGUUUCCACCGGCACCCUGUUAGCCAACAGCAUCAGGGGUGGUCA